UGGUGCACCCAUUUAUUAACAAAUGUUGAGCUUCUACUCUCCCACUUUGCUGAGACAGAAGAAGAGAGAAAGAUAAGAGAGAGAUUGAGUGCUCCAUUCUCAACAGCUUUCACAGAUAGGAGAAUCAUAUGAGGAAGCUCCAUACAGCUUUUUAGAGAGAGAAACUGAAGAGGGAGAUGGCGAGUGGGAACGACAGAUUGGUUUCCUGCUCUUCAUCAUCAUCUUUGAGGCUUCUGUUAUUCAUGAUUCCACUCAUAGUUAUAUCCGGUUGUGCUUCUGUGCUUGGUUCAAGGAACUCUAGUUGGGGGUUCAUCUCUCGCCAUCCAUGGCCGUGGAGCUCUCCAACCGCCGCUACCAUCACUAGUGUAAAGACCCCUCAAGUUCCUUCUACAAAAGAGAGUGAAGGGCUCCUUGAUUUGCAUUCAACUGUGGUGGGUGUUCACCAUAGAGAAGAAGCCAUCUCGGAGGAUUCUGUCCUCAAUCGCUCUUCUUCACCACCGCUUGAUGUAGAGGCUGCACAACCACCCCCAGCUGCUGCUAAUGGAACGGAGAAAGUUAGCUUGAAUAUCUCCAAGAGGGCUGGACCACUAUUUGCUGCUUCCGUCAAUGAAACUCAUGCUCUUCCUGUGACGUCGAGACCACAACGACAAUACACGACAUUAGAGAGGGUGGAAGCUGGUCUAAGAAGAGCUCGGUCUGCAAUAAGGGAAGCUAAAAUUGGGAAUCGAACGCCAGACCCUGACUACAUUCCAAAUGGUCCCAUAUAUUGGAAUGUCAAUGCCUUCCAUAGGAGCUACUUGGAAAUGGAAAAGCAAUUAAAGGUAUACGUCUAUGAUGAAGGUGAGCCCCCCUUGUUUCAUAAUGGUCCCUGCAAGAGCAUAUACUCCAUGGAGGGGAAUUUCAUUCACAAGAUGGAGAUGGAUAGCCACUUCCGAACCAAAGAUCCUGAAAAGGCUCACCUUUUUUUCCUCCCCUUCAGUGUGGCAAUGCUGGUUAGGUUUGUCUAUGUCCGUGACUCCCAUGAUUUGGGUCCCAUAAAACAAACGGUCAUUGAUUAUGUGAAUGUUGUUUCGACCAAGUAUCCUUAUUGGAAUCGAAGCCUCGGUGCAGAUCAUUUCAUGCUUGCUUGCCAUGAUUGGGGGCCUGAAACUUCCUUCUCCAUUCCUUACCUGCAUAAGAACUCUAUUAGAGUUCUAUGCAAUGCAAAUACCUCGGAAGGAUUCAACCCUUCCAAAGACGUAUCCUUCCCUGAAAUCAAUCUCCUAACCGGUUCAACAGACAGCUUCAUCGGUGGGCCAUCUCCAUCACACCGUACCCUAUUGGCCUUCUUUGCCGGCGGGCUUCACGGCCCCAUCAGACCUAUACUUCUGGAGCACUGGGAAAACAAGGAUGAAGAUGUAAAGGUCCACAAGUAUCUUCCAAAGGGUGUGUCUUACUAUGAAAUGAUGAGAAAGAGCAAGUACUGCCUUUGCCCGAGCGGAUAUGAAGUUGCGAGCCCAAGAGUUGUGGAGGCACUUUACACAGGGUGUGUUCCAGUGCUGAUUUCAGACCAUUAUGUUCCACCAUUCAGCGAUGUCCUGAAUUGGAAGUCUUUCUCUGUGGAGGUUCCGGUCAGGGAAAUUCCAAACUUGAAGAGAAUACUAAUGGACAUAUCUCCAAGGCAGUAUAUAAGAAUGCAGAGGAGAGGGAUUCAAGCAAGGAGGCACUUUGAGGUUAAUUCCCCUCCCAAGAGAUACGACGUCUUCCACAUGAUUCUCCAUUCUCUCUGGCUUAGAAGACUCAACUUUCGGGUUCACCAUCAUGGAAUUGGCAAAUAACUUACGACUUACCACGCGCAGACAAGAGCAAUAUAUGAAUGUAUAAAAAGGCUUUUAAUUUAGGUAAUGGAAUUGUGAAAAUUUGUUUAAUUUUCUUUGAUUUCAUGAAAUAAAACUACGGAAUUAGCAAUGAAGCAA